CUAUAAGGCCGUGCUAUAUAAACACAGCCUAUUACUAGUCAAUCAACUCGGUCUACUGUUUUCCAUUUGCAGUCUUCAUUCGAAAGUAAUGGUAUUCUCUUCCAUCAACCAGCGGCCAUCAAAUCCUCAGAAUAAAAUUACAGGAAUGACCAACAACAGUGAAGAACAACAGACCUCAUCUUCCACCGAGGAGACCAUCAUAGAGGUGGUAAUUCAGCCACCAACUACAGAGGCCAAGGUUGAAUCUGAUGCUAUGCUCCCCCCGCUGUGAUCACCACUCAGCCAGCACAGCCAAUGCCUGAACACGAUGACAGCAUUGCUGUGGGGAAACCACCGUUUCAAUACCACUUUGGUUAAAGAAAAGGGGAACUGUUCUUGAAGACUGCCUAAGUAUUCUCUUUGCUCGCAUUUUGUUUUUAACCACUACACUGUUGUUGAAUGCUGUUUGAUUAUCGAUAGUGUUUUGUGUUGCAGAAUAAAAUUACAGGAAUGACCAACAACAGUGAAGAACAACAGACCUCAUCUUCCACCGAGGAGACCAUCAUAGAGGUGGUAAUUCAGCCACCAACUACAGAGGCCAAGGUUGAAUCUGAUGCUAUGCUCCCCCCGCUGUGAUCACCACUCAGCCAGCACAGCCAAUGCCUGAACACGAUGACAGCAUUGCUGUGGUCAUGUGGGAAGCCACCGUUACUGGUCGACGCCUCAUCGACGAGAUGGUCAACCUGGGAUCAUCCUACGUGGCACAGGAAGAGAAAGCAGAAGGGCAUGAUUUCAAUGAGUACGUAAUGGAUCAUUCUACGUGGCACAGGAAGAGAAAGCAGAAGGGCACGAUUUCAACGAGUACGUCAUGCCGUAUGGCAAGCUACCGCUGAAUGUAAUUCACAACUACAAUCUUCGCAUCGUUGACACGGGUCGUUACCGCAUGCUCAAGGAGAUCCGCAACAACAGAAUGCUCAAGUCCAAGAGCGAGGUGGCCGCCUGCAACGAGUUCGUAUCGUGGCUCAUCUAGCUCCAAAAAGAUAAUUUCACCGACAAGAAAAUUGUCUUUCAAUCGAAAACAGGUGCAUGAUUUGAAGGAUGAACAUCGCAUGGUCCUUAAAGCUUUGGCUGAUCAUCACCUUGGAGUCGACACACCUUUGGAGAGCGCUGUUCAACGUGCUCAAUCAAGCACUUCACAAGAUCCUUCGCAAGGUGCAUGGCGGCCGCAUCAACACUAGGGUACUUAAGGAGAACCUCAUCAGUUGCGAUCAUUUGCUCGAACAAGUCAAGAAGAUCAAAGAAGAAUUGACUAAGGAGGCUCAAUGGAGACCUGUAUUCGCUGACAUGUUUGGUCAAGGUAUCAAGCCUCGCCGGCGUGCUGGAUUCCUCCGCCAUAUGCUCGUUGAGUCCAGCAUCACCUAUGCAGGCCUUACGGAAACAUUCAAGGACAAGAAAGAUGACGGUGUGGUCGAGGUCAUCAAAGAGAACAUCAAAGGCAAGAAUGAAGCCGACGUGGAGGAAGUCAUCAAGCUGCUGAAUCAACACCUUGCGCAGCCAGACAAGCCCGUCCGACGCGGUAGCGGCCGUCGAGCACCCCGCACUCGUUCCCUUUGCACCGCCACAGACUUGGAGAAGCAGCAGCCUGCGUCCAAGAUUCGAGCCCGAGGAAAACAACAACGACCCUGUCUAAGUGAUUAUGGAUGUUAUUCCCAGCACUCCUGCGGUCCUGUCCGAAGUUUAAAAAGUCCCUCUCUCCUCGACUCGCCUGAAAUUACUUACUGCCUCCCGCCCCACUUCCCUUUUGUUUUUCACUUAACUUGUCUCGUUUUUGAGAAAUUUUGAUCUUUUUUUAAGUUUACAAGUCUUUCACGAAACAAACUUGCUUGUCGCUUUUGGUUAUGCUUUUCUUCUUACCAGAGAUAACACUUGCUUUAUUUAUAAAUUUACCAGGGAGCUUUUUGGUAAUUGUUCUAGUCUUAUACUAAAAUCAAUCCAGAGUGUAUAUGUGCGAUGAAAUUGUCUCUGCAGUGCCUUUGCAGUGCCUUUCAUACUUGUGAGUUGAUCUCAUGGAAUGGAAUACAAAAUACUCUGAGGAAA